UAACUUUAAUUACUGUUAAGAUAAAUUUAACUCAUUUUAAAAUAAAUUAACGUACACCCACCUUUUGGAGAAUUUGUGUACCUUCAUUAUAAAAUAUUAUUCAAAGAUGAAAAUUCUACUUCGUAUAUCAAAACCAUAUAUAUACAUAGCCUACUAUACCCUUUCCUCAAAAAAUAAAAUAAAAAUCUUAUUAUAGCCUUCCACCUUAUAUCAACCCCUUACAAUCUUACCCAAAAUUUUUGUUGUAAAAGAUGGAAGCACAAGGAGAAAGACUUCAGCUCCUUACAACGAGGCUAUACGAUGCAGCACUUACAGGAGACGUACCAUCGUUGCGCAACUUGCUCCAACAAGAUCCACUUAUCCUCGAUCGAUGCAUCAUCGAGAAAUCAAGCCGUUUUAUGCAAUCACCAUUACAUGUGGCCGUUAACCUCGGGUACUUAGAGUUUACAACUGAGGUAAUACAUCGAAAGCCCGAGUUAGCAGAAGAACUUGAUCAACUAAAAAGAUGGUCACCACUACACAUGGCCUCGGCAAAAAGGUACUUGGAGAUAGUUAGUGUGUUGUUAACUGCAAAUCCAAACAUGUGUUUUGCCCGCGAUAUAGAUGGUAGGAACGCAGUCCAUGUUGCGGCUAUAUACGGUCAAAUUCAUGCGGUUGAAGUGCUUCUUAGGGCCAAGCCAGAGGCUGCGCGGGAGCGGACUACGAGCGGCGAAAGUAUUUUGCACUUGUGUAUGAAGCAUGGUCAACCAGAAGUCCUUAGAUCUUUGGUGCAAACAAUGGGCGAUGGUCAACUGCUUAACUUCAAGGACAGCGAUGGCAAUACCGUUUUACACCUAGUAGUGGCUGCAAAACAUUAUGAGACUAUAAAGCUCUUACUAAAGGAAAAGAGGAUGGAGAAAAAUGCAAUCAACACUAAUGGCUUAACUGCAAUGGACAUGUACUUCCAAACUAAGAGAGAUGCUCAUGAUGGCGGAAUUUGGUUAGCUUUAAGGCGCGCCAAGGUGUUAAAGGCAAAAAAAUUGUUGAAACCUAAAAAAAGCAGUCGCGAUUGGUUAGAUAAGCAACGUACUGCUCUUAUGGUAGUGUCAUCACUAAUAGCCACAAUGGCUUUCAAAGCCGGAAUCAACCCUCCUGGAGGCGUAUGGCAAGAUAACGAAAAUGGUCAUAAGGAAGGUACUUCAAUAAUGGCACGUGUCGAGCAAGGACAACAACAUAACCAAGGAAUAUACGAUGCAUUCCUCAUCUCCAACACAAUAGGACUAGUGUCAUCUUUAACUGUGAUAGUUCUUCUUAUAAGUGGACUCCCUUGUAUGAGACUCGUCAUGGGACUUUUGAUGUUAACCAUGUGGAUCGCGGUAACAGCAACAACCGUGACUUACAUAGUCUCUAUUUACUUCCUUGGGACCUCCAAAGAGAGCCUACAUUCCUUUAAAGAAGAUCUGUUGUCGAACAAACAUCAUCUUGUUCAAGAUACAAUAAUUAUUGCGAGUCUUGCUUGGAUAUUCUUGCUAGGACUACUCAUCCUCGGGCAUGUCAUUCGUUUAUUAUAUAAAUUGAUCAAAAAAAUAUUACGGCUGGUGAUAAGAGGAGUUAAUCGUUGUACCCUGAGGCCUAGAUACCAUCCACCAGUUUAACAUUUUCACUUGUAUAUAGAAGAUUUAUAUGCCACAAAAUUCAUACAUGGUUUUUUAUUUAGCCUUGCAUGAUAUAAAAUACAUACAUCGUUAGUGAUUGUGGUAUGAGACCAUUAUUAUGAAUUGAACUGUAAUGCAACUGAAUUUGGUGCAAAAAUAUAGUUUUGUGCCAAUGAAUUGCUAAAUUAAA